AUGCGAGAGUCCAUCCUGGCAUCUCUUGAACUUGAGUCAGAGGAAAUCAAAAGCUUGAAUGUGCUAGAUCUCUUUUGGGAUCCAAGCAACUUGCGGGUGGGACGACGCUUGCGCAUUGCGUUCUUGAUUUUGUCUGUACAACAAAUGAUGGAUUCUGGCUGCUGUGAUGAACACAAUCUUUGCCCUCGGUUCCCUCUUCCUGCCCUCAACUAUUAA